UUCAACAAUUUUUGGCAGACGCGAGUUGUCUGGAGGAAUUUUUGCAUAAAAUUACCGGCAUUUUAGCCUCAUUUUUGUAGUGAGCAUAGUGUUAAAAUCAGUAAUACAUAUAUAGAUAAUUGUUAGCGAUAAUUUGUGAAUUUACUUGCAGUUCGCGAAAGUGUAUUUCACCACUUUUGUUUAUCAUCAAUUUAUUUUACAUUCAUUUCUUCUAUUAAACAAACGUGCUGAUACAGUGACUGGCCUGAAGGAUCAGCAGCUGCAAAAUGUCUAAUUACGUUUUAGACAAAGACACGUUUUUGCGCCGAAUUAAAAGAUUAUAUUCGGAAUGGCGGGAACCAACAUUGGCACAUGAUGAUAUAUUGAAAAAAGUGGACUGCAUUAUGUGUGUUGUGGGUGUUGAUGAAGAUAUAGUUUACUCCAAGUCGCGGGCGCUGGAGAUAUGGCUGUUGGGCUAUGAACUCACCGAUACUAUAUCUAUUUUUACUAAAGACUCAGUAUAUUUUCUGGCAAGUAAAAAAAAGAUUGAAUUUCUAAAGCAGAUUGAAAAUUGUAAGGAGGAUGGUGUUCCUGAUAUUAAACUAUUGCUGCGCGAUAGGAAUAACAAAGAUAAGGAUAAUUUCGAUAAGUUGAAAGAAGCGAUGAAAUCAUCUAAUAAAGGCAAAACGUUGGGAGUAUUCGCCAAAGAUCUAGCUUCUAGUGAAUUUUGUGAUUCUUGGAAAGCUGCUCUAAAGAGUGAGAGCUUUGAAAAUAUAGACGUUGGUGCCCCAUUAGCGUACAUUAUGUGCACAAAGGAUGAAUCUGAAAUUAAUAAUAUUCGAAAAGCAUCACUUGUAUCUGUGGAUAUAUUUAACAAAUAUUUGAAAGACGAAAUCAUGGAUAUUAUUGACUCUGAUAAGAAAAUAAAACAUUCUAAACUCUCAGAAGGUGUUGAAUCAGCACUUACCGACAAGAAAUACGUUUCUGGUGUAGAUACUUCGGUAUUAGAAAUGUGUUAUACUCCCAUCAUUCAAUCUGGUGGGUCUUACAGUUUGAAAUUUUCGGCCCUAAGUGACAAAAAUUAUUUGCAUUUUGGAGCUAUUGUUUGCUCCUUGGGUGCGCGUUACAAAUUUUAUUGCUCAAAUAUAUCACGUACUUUUUUGGUGAACCCCACCGAUACCAUGCAAGAAAAUUACAAUUUCCUUGUUAACGUGCAAGAGGAAAUUUUAAAACUCUUAAAACCUGGCGCCAAGUUGAAUGAAAUAUACGAUACCACAGUGGAAUAUAUAAAGAAAGAGAAGCCAAAAUUACAGGACAACUUUACUAAAACUUUUGGUUUUGCCAUGGGCAUUGAGUUUCGUGAGAACUCAAUAGUUAUAGGACCAAAAUGUCAUGCUGAAGUACGGAAGAAUAUGGUAUUCAAUGUGAACGUUGGUAUAGCUAACCUCACCAAUACAGAAGCCUCUGAGAAGGAAGGCAAAACAUACGCUCUAUUCGUUGGCGAUACUGUGCUAGUUGGAGACACUGCACCGGCUAAUAUAAUGACACCAUCAAAGAAGAAGAUAAAAAAUAUUGGAAUUUUUAUAAAAGAUGAUAGCGAAGAGGAAGAUGGUGAUGAAAAAGAAGAGGUUAAGGAAGACAAAAGCUCGGAGAUACUUGGUCGAAGCAAACGUAAUGCUGUACUUGAAAAUAAAUUACGUACGGAAACUAACACGGAGGAAAAACGUAAGCAACAUCAAAAAGAGUUAGCUCAACUUCUGAAUGAAAAAGCAAAAGAACGUUUGGCCAAGCAGGGUGAAUCUAAGGAAGUCGAAAAAGUGCGAAAGAACACCGUCUCUUAUAAAUCUGUCAGUCAAAUGCCGCGAGAACCUGAAGUAAAGGAACUAAAAUUAUAUGUUGACAAAAAGUAUGAAACGGUCAUACUACCAAUUUUUGGCAUACCAGUUCCCUUCCACAUUUCCACAAUCAAAAACAUUUCCCAGUCGGUUGAGGGCGAGUACACAUACCUACGUAUCAAUUUCUUUCACCCGGGAGCAACGAUGGGUCGCAAUGAGGGCGGCCUAUACCCGCAACCAGAGGCGACAUUCCUUAAGGAAGUCACCUAUCGUUCUUCUAACGUGAAAGAACACGGCGAAGUAACUGCACCAUCAGCAAAUCUAAACAAUACCUUCCGCCUUAUUAAGGAAGUUCAGAAACGAUUUAAGACGCGCGAAGCCGAAGAACGUGAAAAAGAAGAUCUCGUCAAGCAAGAUACACUGAUUUUAUCGCAGAAUAAGGGUAAUCCUAAACUGAAAGAUCUAUACAUACGUCCAAAUAUUGUAACCAAACGUAUGACUGGUAGUUUGGAGGCGCACACAAAUGGCUUUCGCUACGUUUCUGUGCGCGGUGAUAAAGUUGACAUACUCUAUAACAACAUUAAAAGUGCUUUCUUCCAACCCUGUGAUGGUGAAAUGAUAAUUUUGUUGCAUUUUCAUCUUAAACACGCCAUUAUGUUUGGCAAGAAGAAGCAUGUAGAUGUCCAAUUCUAUACAGAGGUUGGCGAGAUCACCACCGAUUUGGGCAAGCAUCAGCACAUGCAUGAUCGUGAUGAUCUAGCAGCUGAACAGGCGGAGCGCGAAUUGCGACAUAAAUUGAAAACGGCAUUCAAGAGUUUCUGCGAGAAAGUCGAGUCUAUGACCAAGCAACAGGUUGAGUUCGACACGCCAUUCCGUGAAUUGGGUUUCCCUGGUGCACCUUUUCGCAGUACAGUUACUUUGCAGCCAACUUCAGGCAGCUUGGUGAACCUGACAGAGUGGCCACCAUUCGUUAUAACACUCGAUGAUGUCGAAUUGGUUCAUUUCGAGCGUGUACAGUUUCAUCUUCGAAAUUUCGAUAUGAUUUUCGUUUUCAAAGACUACCAGAGAAAGGUUGCUAUGGUAAAUGCCAUUCCAAUGAAUUUGCUAGAUCACGUGAAGGAGUGGUUGAAUUCGUGUGAUAUCCGCUACUCGGAAGGUAUCCAGUCUUUGAAUUGGGCAAAGAUUAUGAAAACGAUCACAGAUGAUCCGGAGGGAUUUUUUGAGCAAGGCGGUUGGACGUUCUUAGACGCCGAUUCGGGUAGUGAAGAUGAAAAUGAGGAAGAGGAAUCUGAAGAGGAUGAGGCGUAUGAGCCUACUGAUAUCGAAUCUGACGAAGAGUCAGAUGAAGAUGAUUCAGAAUAUUCAGAGGCAUCUGAGGAUGAGAGCGAUGAUAGUGAAGAACUUGGCUCUGAUGAGGAGUCGGGUAAGGAUUGGUCAGAUUUGGAGCGUGAGGCUGCAGAGGAGGACCGCAAUCAGGAGUAUACAGAUGAUAAACCCAAUGGCAAACAUUUUGAUUCAAAGAAACACUCGAAAAGUUCAAAACAUAGUCGCAGAGAUCGUGAAGUGCAACUUCGACAAAGUAAAAAGAGUAAAAGUACUGCCUCCACUUCAAACUCAUCACAUUCAAAAUCUGCCAAGUAUGCCAGUUCGAGCGGGCAUAGCUCCAAGGAUAAACAUCAUGAUCGCAGUCGUGACAAGCAUCAUUCCUCAUCGUCGUCGCACAAGGACAGGAGCAAAGAUAAGGGCAGUCAUCAUAGCAGCAGCAGUAGCCACAAGCGGUCGCGCGAUGAUAGUCGAGACCAUGGACACAAAUCGAAGAAAUCUCGUCACUGAGCCCACACACACACACACGCGCAAGAACGGCGUAGCACAUACAAUUACAAAUAGCCCAAAAUGUCCCACAGAAUGAAUGAAUACCUUGUAAUGCACU